UAAGCAUGAGAUCACCGUGGCACAGCUGCAUGUGUAGUCACUCUUGAAGCAAUUGCACACCUAAUUGGCUGACAAUCUUGGCAUUUUUAAAACAAACACAAGCCUUUUAAAAACAGGGGACGUAUUUAUGUAUGAGUAGUCAAAUAAACCUGUUGGGUGUCAUCAAUGGAGCCCUCUGGCACUGAACAGUUGUGUGAUGACCCUGAUCCUGGAGGCAAAUCCCAAGAUCAAGAGACCAAAAAACAACAUGAAUCAGAGCAAAAAUUAUCCAAAAUAACCCAUAAUGCUUUGGAGAACAUUAAUGUGAUUGGUCAAGGCUUGAAGCACCUUUUCCAGCAUCAGCGCAGGAGGUCAUCAGUUUCUCCGCAUGAUGUUCAGCAAGCUCAGGCUGAGCUGGAGCCUGACAUGGAUUUGGAAAGCCAAAGCGUCUGUGCUGAAAUUGAUGGUGUCUCCACCCACCCCACAGCUCUGAACCGAGUGCUUCAGCAGAUCAGAGUGCCACCUAAAAUGAAGAGAGGGACGAGCCUGCACAGCAGGCGGGGCAAGGCAGAUGCCCUGAAAGGAAGUCCACAGAUCAACAGGAGGUCUGCCCAAGAUAGUCAAUCAGGUCGGCCCAGAUCGUCAUCUACUACAGAUGCUCCCACAAAUUUGUCCGUGAUGGAGAUUGCUUCUUCUAUCUAUGUAGGUGGAGAGGAGGCCACAACAGCAGCAAUCGAGCGAUUGGAAGUCAGCAGCUUAGCGCAGACCUCCAGUGCUGUGGCCUCGAGCACUGAUGGCAGCAUCAAUGCAGACUCUGUUGAUGGGACCCCAGAUCCUCAGCGUACAAAAGUGGCUAUCACACACCUGCAACAGAAGAUACUGAAGCUGACCGAGCAGAUCAAAAUCGAACAAACAGCCCGUGAUGAUAAUGUGGCAGAGUACCUGAAACUGGCCAACAAUGCAGACAAGCAACAGAGUGCCCGCAUUAAGCAAGUGUUUGAGAAGAAGAAUCAAAAGUCAGCCCAGACCAUCUUGCAGCUGCAGAAGAAACUAGAACACUACCAUCGAAAGCUGCGAGAGAUCGAACAGAAUGGGAUCCCUCGGCAGCCAAAGGAUGUCUUCAGGGAUAUGCAUCAGGGUUUGAAAGAUGUUGGAGCAAAAGUCACUGGCUUCAGUGAGGGAGUAGUAGACAGUGUAAAAGGUGGGCUUUCCAGUUUCUCCCAAGCCACACAUUCAGCAGCCGGAGCUGUGGUUUCCAAACCCCGGGAGAUUGCCUCCCUCAUAAGGAACAAGUUUGGGAGUGCAGACAACAUUGCUAAUCUGAAAGACUCCUUAGAGGAAGGCCAGGAAGAUGGGACAGGAGGCAAGGCUCUAGGUGUUAUUCAGAACUUUCAGUCAAGCCCAAAAUAUGGCAGUGAAGAGGACUGCUCCAGUGCCACGUCGGGCUCAGUGGGAGCCAACAGCACAACAGGGGGCCCUGUGGGAGCUUCUAGCUCCAAAACAAACACUCUGGAUAUGCAGAGCUCAGGGUUUGAUGCAAUACUGCAUGAGAUUCAAGAAAUUCGAGAGACACAGGCAAGACUGGAAGAAUCAUUUGAGGACCUUAAGGUUCGCUAUCAGAGAGAUUACUCAUUAAUAAUGCAGACUCUGCAGGAGGAGCGGUACAGAUGUGAAAGACUCGAAGAGCAGCUAAAUGACCUGACUGAGCUCCACCAGAAUGAGAUCCUCAAUUUAAAACAGGAGCUGGCCAGCAUGGAGGAGAAAAUUGCCUAUCAGUCUUAUGAGCGAGCCCGGGACAUUCAGGAGGCACUGGAAGCAUGCCAGACCCGCAUCUCCAAGAUGGAGCUGCAGCAGCAGCAGCAGCAAGUGGUGCAGCUGGAGGGGCUGGAGAACGCCACGGCCAGGAACCUGCUGGGGAAGUUCAUCAACAUCCUCCUGGCCGUCAUGGCUGUCCUCCUCGUCUUCGUCUCCACUGUGGCCAACUGCGUCGUGCCCCUCAUGAAGACUCGCAAUAGGACGUUCAGCACUUUAUUUAUAGUGGUUCUCAUUGCCUUUUUGUGGAAGCACUGGGAUGCCAUCACCGGCUACUUGGAACGGUUCUUGUCUCCCCCCAGAUGAUGGCAGCAGGAAUUGGCUGCGUCGCCCUCCUCCCGGUGCUCUCAGUGAGCAAGUGUGGCAAAGAUUAGUCAGCAACUACUCUGCUGAAGUUUUAAAGUGUCUGAGUGAAUUUGUUUACAUUUAGAAUAACGUUUUUUCUCUGCGAGAUGCAUUGCAAUAGUAUUUUUUAGAUUUUAUUCAAGAACUCUUUUUGGCAAGAAUCCUGGAUAAUUUUUAUGUAGCAUGGUUCUCUUUGGAUGCAAAUCUUAAGAUUCUUUAAAGUGUACAAAAGAAAUAAAUAAAAUGCAGAAAUUUGGAGCAUACCAAUGGGCAAUUUAAAUUGUGGCUUGAACUACUGUACUAAACCUGUCAAGAAGAAGAGAACGUGGUUAGCUUAAGAUGAGCAAAGCUAAAUCUAGUGCACAGCCUUGAAUGAUGGUACCACAGCAAACCUGUAACACUAAACUUUUACUGUGAAGUCUGCUCACAUUCCAUGUCCAAAUGUAUGCGUUCAGAGUGGUUUCUUUCCUUAACAAGAGAAAAACAACAACGUGUAGAUCUCUUUCCCAGCUCAGCGUCUGGGUUUGCCAUUUGUGCUAACCCGACUUACAAUAACUUUCUAUAAGGCUGGCUAACUUUGCUAAGCGUAUGAAGUGGAAGCCUCAUGCCAUACACAGUAACUGCACAGUCGUGCUACAGUAUUUUGAAGUAGUCCUUGAAAUACUUAUCUUUAAGCAGAAGCCCUUGGUCGCACUUUUAAGGUUUUUUUUAUAUAUGUAUAUUCACAGAUUUAAAAAAAAUCCAAACAGCAUACUUGAAGAGUGUAAUACUCAAACUCUCAGUGCUUCCUUAUUGUUUCUAAUAGGAUUUUUUAUUAUAAUUAUUAUUAUUAUUAUUAUUAUUGGGGGUUUUUUUGGAAGGGGUUGGGAGGGUCGUUACUUUUUUUUUUCCUUUUAAAUAAAGAAGUGAUGUUUUUAAAUGAAGAAAUGUGUGAAUAAUUGUGAGCCGUCUUGUCCUGAAACAGUUUUGAGGAGGGCAGAGAGUAGUUUCUAGUGCCAGCCUGUCUGGAAUGCAGCACUGUUCAUAUGCCAUUUAUCUGUCCUCCUGAGCAUGCAGAUGCAGCAUCAUGAAAAACAUCUAUCUUCUCCACACAUUUUUGUCACGCAGGGCUUUUUUUUCUUUCUCCAGAUGUGAAGGAGAGUAUGUUUAUAUUUCUCAUUUGCACGUCAUAUCUCAUUCCUGGCCUCAGGAUAAGAAUAAGGAAUUUCUUUUUGUCUCUUCCUAGGGGAAAGACAGGUUCUUUUAAGGAAAGAAAUACUGAAUCGACAGUCCACUUAAAAGAAUGGUUGUCUCAGAAGUAUCUCUGAUUUAAUUUUUAAAUAAACCCCUAAAAAGUUAAACCAAAGUUUUCCUCCUGUCAGGCUCUGGUAAGAUCAUUUGUGUGUCUGUGUCAAGAUCUUCUUUGUACACUGUAUCUGCGUGGUGUGCCAUAGAGAGCAUCCUCUUCUUCAGCCAUGGGGGCAAGUACUUGGUGUAAACACCUUUUCGAAGCUUGAAAGGAAAUGUCAGCUUCAAGUGUAAUUCCCAAGUCCUAGCAACAUGCUAUUGCUGGUGACCUGUUGGGACUGGCAGGCAGGCUUCAUGUCCAAGGAAUCUGCGUUCACUCUAUGCUGUUUUUUUUAAGUGGUGUCCCUUUCACCAUAACAAAGCCAAGAUUCAACCUUUGUCUCCAUGAAAUAAAAAAAGACUCCAGGAUUCUCUUUCAAAACCAUUUAUGGUGUUUGGUUAGAUCUUACUGUUUUCCUUCCUUCCAGGCUUAAGUUCCCUCUAGGAACCAAAUGUUCCCCAAGUGACCUAAACCAGUUGAAAUCAUACGUACACAUAUAUUGAACAUGUACAUCAUAUAUAGAUGUAUACACAGAAGUCUAGGACUUUAUGCUAUGAUGCAAAUUCUGGGUUCUGAGAAAUUCCCUCAAACUAGGUUAGCAGCCUUGAGGGUCUUCUGAUUGCCAGCAGAGGCAAGCCCUCUGCUGUCCAGCUACCCUUCUUCCUUCAAAGAUUCUGUUUUUUCCAUAGUCACAGGAAACUCAGGUACCCCCCCUCCCCAGGGAUUCCCAGCACACCUCUCUCUGUCACCAUGUGCACUCAUCUGCUCCUGUCCUACUUAAAACACAAAUGGCCAAUUGCAGCUGACUCAAGCCAAAAAUAAUGAUGCUUUCUACAGAGUUGCAGACUGAGCAAAGACUGCAUAAACAUUCCCUCCCUAGACCAUGCUUCUAGCUCCAGUGAAACUCUUAUUCUGUUUACCACCCUUCUCUGGCUGAUUCAAAUUGCAUGGAUAACUAUUGUCUUCCCAUUACGCAGUUUUUGUCAGAAAUAAAGGUGUGAAUAACAGUAAGAACUGAUUUGGCACAUAAUUGAAAAGCUUUGUUGCCUUUAUUUCUGAAACCUGGCCUUUGCACCUGUUUUUCUCCGUUGUGGUCACACUAGAAUUGCUCAUGGUAAGUUUUUAUGUGGUCAAAGCAGGAAGGAGUUGAAAGGCAAUGGAUCUGGACACUUGGUGCCACUUGUCCAUAGCAUUUGAAGGAAGUGUUUGUCCCUCUUCUUCCUUAUAUCCUAAUUUCAUUUAUUGUCUCAACUCUGUGUCGUCUUCAGUAAAUACCAUUUGCUAAUUUGCCAGAAAGCACAGGCUUAAUAGAAACUUAUCACCUCAAAACUGUUUGGUGAAGGCCAUGUACAUAUGGUUCUGGACAAUGUCUGUUUGUCUGUCUCUUUCUCUCUCGACAGUUUCUUCCAUUCCAGAAAGUUGUCUGCAGUAAUGCCAUAUGUGAUGCUGCAUCCACUUUUCAUAUCCUAACACAACUGCCAUGUGUUUUGCCUUUUGCAUUAGCAGAACGCUUUGGGGUUUUCCUCCCUCUUCAAUUUGAAGGUCUGUGAUGAUUUCUGAUAGCUUAACAAUGAUUAUAUUGUUGGAAAUGUGAUUCUAGCUUUAAAGCUCCCUUUCCUUGUUAAGUGGUUGUGUUUGCUUUCUUGAAACGUUUCUGGAUGACACGUAGAAGACAGUUUCUGCCACGGAUGUGAGUGUGCGUGUGAGUACCUUUUAUUAGCCUUCCUUAUGGAUGUAAACUUUUUAGUGACCAUCUCUGAGUUGCAGAAUGUUUCCCAAAACAUUUCAUAUUCAGAGUUGAAAUGAUUCUGAAAUUGCUUAGAUAUGUUUAGCACAUAUCAACUUGGCAUAUAAAAAGGGAAGAAUAUAAUGGACUGUGUUAGUUCAAAAAGCAGCAGCUCUUCAUUGAAAUUCUGUGGUUGAAAUGAAGAUCAUCUGUUUCCCCCAUUUGCUUUCUCAAUGUAAAGGAGAAAGAAAAUACUGAUGCAAAAAACCCUACCAUCUUAAAUUUUGUAAAGUUCUCUUUUCUCUCAGCCUCAUUAGUUUAGUUUAGUGAUACUCUGCAUGCUCACAGCAAUUAUUUCAUUGGUUUAUUCCAAUCCCAUGAGUCUUAGGGUCUGAUCAGAUUAAAUGUUGACUUCUGUACAUGUUGCACUGGGACAGAAAAGCACUGUCUUUCAGCUUUGAAAAUAUGCAUUUUUUUAAUUAAAAAAGCAGCAUUCUAACAAAAGAAGCCAAGCUACAAAAGGGUUCAAGAUUGGGUAGUUUUGCCAGUUUUUAAGUGAAUUCUGAAUGUGGCUAAAGAGUUAAAAACCCUGUGUGUCUGUGUUGUGUAUGCCAGGUGGUAUUGUAGUAGGCAAUUGACUUAGCUGUAAGUGUGUUUUAAAAGUGUAAAAAAAUAAACAGAAAAACUCACUUGCACGGGUUGAAAAGUACAGAAAUGACACUUGUGAACGUAACACUGUAGUUUAUAGAUCUUAAGCUGCUAAUUGUUGAGAGAGAUUUACAUUUGUCUUGUCUGAUUGUCACAGAUUUAUCUGUGACGCUUUUACUGUAUAUAAAAAACUUUAAAUAAAGACCUCAGCUAUUAA